GACCUCACCUCCUCUGUUCCUCGUCUCGUCUCAUCUCUCUCAAAAAAUAGAGAGAGAAAAAAAUCCUCCCCUCUUCCCGCCGGCGAGAUCGGCCGAUCAUCUCCAACGGCGGCCGGCGACUCUUCGAGAUCGGAGCUGAACCGGCGCCACCUCCGUCGCACGCCAUGAUACAUUUUGUGCUCCUCAUCAGCAGACAAGGGAAGGUGAGGCUGACAAAAUGGUACAAUCCAUAUCCUCAGAAGGAAAGAUCCAAGGUUAUCAAAGAAGUAAGUAAUCUCGUCCUGACUAGAGGCCCAAAGAUGUGCAAUUUUGUCGAUUGGCAUGGAUGCAGAGUUGUAUAUAAAAGGUACGCAAGCCUUUACUUCUGCAUGUGUAUUGAUGCUACUGAUAAUGAACUGGAGACUCUUCAAAUCAUCCAUCAUUAUGUUGAGAUAUUGGACCGGUAUUUUGGCAAUGUCUGCGAGCUUGACCUGAUUUUCAACUUCCAUAAGGCAUACUUUAUAUUGGAUGAGGUUUUGAUUGCUGGUGAGCUUCAAGAAUCUAACAAGAAAGCAGUACUACGCCUGAUCACUACACAGGACUCGAUGGUGGAAGCCGCAAAGGAGGCGGCAAGCUCAUUGAGGAACAUAAUUGCACAGGCCACCAAGUAGAGCACACUGUGUCUCCUACAAUGAUGAUUACUCUCACCCCAGGGCAUGAUAUUAACCAUAAUCAACAGGAAAUCGUUUUUACACUGAACUUUCCGUAUAAAUAUCUUUUUAACGUACUCUUUUUUUUUCAUUUUCGGCAGAAAUUUAUACCCUCUAUAUUUUUAUCUUUUUUUUCCACAUCUUUUUCUUCAGAAUAUAUAUAUUUGCUCUUCUCACUUAUGGUGCCAAGGAAAACUUAUAUUCGUGAAAUAAUUUGGCUAAGAAAUUUU